AUGGGGGCAAGAGAAGCUUUGGAGGUUGAUGUGGGGAUAACGAUCACAAUUGACGUUACUAUUUACAUCGGUGAAGGUGAAGUGGCUACUUGUACAGUCACGGAUACUACAACCAGCACUACGACCGACAUCAUCACCGAUACAGUCACUGCCAGCAAUUCAAAUACUAUCAUUGAUACCGUUACGGUGACUGGCUCAGCUGCAAAGGUCACUAUAACGGAUACUGUCACUGACACAUGCACUGUCACGGCAAAAGGAACGGUUGUCACUGUUACAGAUACUGUUACAGACACGAGUACUACAACUGUGACAGCAAGAGGAGCAAGGGCCACUGUUACGGAUACCGUGACAGACACUAGCACUACAACUACUACAUUAAGAGGGGGAAGGGUCACCAUUACAGACACUGUGACAGACACCAUCGCCAACACUGAAAUUGAGACUGAAACUGAGACUAUUAGUUGGAGUGCUGCAACAGUCACUGUUUCAGGCACUUGCACACCAGCUACAGUCACAUAUGUUUCUACGGAUAUGGAAACCGUCAAGGGUUCAACUAUCACUUUAUCGGGAUCGGAAACCACAAUCACCCUAACGGGCUCAAACCUACCAGGAACCACCAUGAUAGAAACGGAUAUCGUGACAGAGACCGAUACUGCUGUGGAGACCGAUGUCAUUUCGAGUUAUUUCACAACUACAAUUCCAGCAUCAACCAUCAUCACGACUACUACCAUACCUCCUAGCACAGUGACUAUCUCGGGAACUGUCACUACUUUACCAGCAUCGACUCAAACUGUGACAACUACUCUUCCAGCGAGUACAGUGACCAUCACUGACCCAACAACGAUCAUAGGCUCGGGAACUACUGUUUUGGAGACGGACACUGUGGUGGAAACCGAUGUCAUUUCGAGUUAUAUCACAACUACGAUUCCAGCGUCAACCAUCACCACAACUACUACCAUACCUCCUAGCACAGUGACUAUCUCUGGAACUGUCACUACUUUACCAGCAUCGACUCAAACCGUGGUUACUACUCUUCCAGCGAAUACAGUGACCAUCACUGAUCCAACCACAGUCUUAGGUCCUGGAACUACUGUGUUGGAGACGGAUACUGUGGUGAAAACCGAUGUCAUUUCGAGUUACAUCACCACUACGAUUUCAGCGUCAACCAUCACCACAACGACUACCGAGCCUCCUAGUACGGUCACUAUCUCAGGAACCGUCAGCACUCUACCGGCGUCAACUGUGAUUCUGAUAACGACUCUUCCAGCCAGCACACUAACUAUUAUUGACGCAACCACAGUCACAGGUCCUGGAACCACUGUGCUAGAGACUGAUACCAUUUUGAGCUAUAUCACAACUACCAUUCUGGCAUCGACCAUCACCACAACUACCACCCAGCCUCCUAGUACAGUCACCAUUUCAGGAACUGUCAGCACUCUACCAGCAUCAACUGUGAUUCUGAUAACGACUCUUCCAGCCAGCACACUAACUAUCGUUGAUACGACCACAGCCUCGGGCUCCAUUACUACUGUCUUGGUUACUAAACCAGAAACAACACUCACAAAGAGCGGCAGCACCAGAACAAUUACAAAUACGGUUACCGGACAAGGUACGACUCAAACGCAGACGCAGACAACGACCGUCUCCGUCAGUGUAUGCUCCAGUCUCAUCACUAAUCCCACCUACACACCCACAACCCAGCUACCAGACGAUUAUACCUGGGGUUGUGCACCCGGAUACCUCUGUAGCCCCCCUCACACAGGCGACCGUGAGGGCUGCAAUGUUGAAGCCGGUCUCCCCGCCGAUACAUACAUAUGUUCUCCGGACGAUUGUAUCGUGGCCCCAGUCCCGUUGUUCAACGACGCAUCCGGCUACAAUGUCUCUACGAACUAUUAUAACCUGGAUCCAACGGACUUCGGUCUGAGCUACGAUAUCUUCGACUAUGCUGUAGAGUCUACCAUUACCAUCGGCAAGCAUGAACUAUCCCCGCCCCAGGGCAGAUUUGACAGGCUCAUGGGCUAUUUCCUUGGUCGAAUGACCAAACGAGUAGACGUGGAUGAUGUACCCACUGUGUGCUGGGGACUUUGCAACGCUGUUGCCGUUGAUGGAGAAAACACUGGAAGUACACCUACCUUGUGUGACGCCGGGUCUGAAUUCCUACUUGAUUUAGGCUAUUGUGAGGAGUGUGUAAAUAGUGCGGCGAGUAAUUCUGGCUCGGCUAUAUAUUCCACUAAGUUGUUGCCUUCGUUUGCACACUGGUUGAACUAUUGUUCUGAUCAGACUUCAACGACAAGCACCGAGGCUGCGACUACUACUGCUAGUACUACUGAGCCGACUACUACCAGUGUCGUGUCCACGACUACCAGUGUGCAGUCGACGGCGACUAGCACUACGACACCAACAUCCACGGCUGGCAGUAGUGAGCAGUCAACGGAUACAAUAACGAGCACCCAGUCUCCAAGCACCAGCAUCAGCGUCGGCACUCAAUCGGAGUCAACACAAACAUCCACUGCCACUAUCUCGACGGAGUCAAGUCAAUCCGAACAAAACACAACCCCCACAUCCGCCUCAGUGGUAACCCUCAGUUCAACAGCCACAGUCUCAGGCUCCACAAUCAUCUCCGCCACAACAGUAACCCAGUCUACGCAAAGCUCCCCCCAAUCCACCACAAUCACCCUCCCAAGCUCAACCCUGAUAAUCUCAGGAACCACGGUAAUAAUCCCCGCCACAACUAUAGCAUCCGCCGCCGAAUCUUCCCAAGCCUCAACAAUCACCCUUCCGAGUUCCACGGAACUCAUCUCAGGCUCGACGGUCAUCAUUUCAGGAACCACGUAUACCCGAACCCAAGGAGGCUCUGGAACAGACACAUAUACAGAUACAGCAGUAUCUCAGCAGGUGUCAACGGUCACAAUUCCCAGUUCGACAUUACUCGUUUCGGGUUCUACGGUCGUUGUCCCAGGUACCACGUACACAGAGUCUGAGUCUGGUUCGAAUACGGCUUUAUCAGGCUCGUCGGUUACGUUGCCCAGCUCAACUGAGAUCAUCUCCGGGUCAACAACGAUAAAUCCUGGGAAUACGGUUGUUGAGUCGGGAACAUAUACAAUUGGGACAGUUAGAAGUACGAGCUCGACUGCGUCUGCGUCUGCAUUGUCUGCUUCUGGGGGUCUGCAUAGUUCUGCGAUGAGGGCUGUUCCGAGGAUAGGGUUGAGUUUCUUGAGCACUCUUGUAGUGACGCUUCUUUGUGUGGUUUAA